CUGCCAUUUCUAGCUUCUGCUACGCUGCAUGUAAACAUCGUGUACAUAACAGGGCAAUAUCUGUUAUUCCUUGUGUAAUUUAACCUGACAGCUUUUCAGUUUGCAGUAUUGAAAUGAAGAACUGGAAGGCAGGCCUGGCUGCAUUUAAGGCUUUGAGAUCUGUGGCUUCUGUGUCCGUCUGUCAUUCUAAAGUAACAUGGUCAUUACUACUGGGAGGUUGUAUAGGAACAGCAACAGUCUGCCAUCUCAGAGGCCAACAGGUAUAUGCUGCGUCCAGGACAGAAAUAAAGAGGUCAGCAUGGAUGACCGAUCCAAUCACAGAUAUUGUUACCUUAGAGGAGAAUCCUACUUCAAUGAGAACCAAGAUGGAGAUGAUGAUAAUGAGAAUACAGGGAGAAAUUUGUAAAGCACUGGAGGAUGUAGAAGGUGACAAAAAGUUCUUUGUGGACCGAUGGCAGCGGAAAGAAGGAGGAGGAGGCAUAUCAUGUGUUCUACAAGAUGGAACAGUGUUUGAGAAAGCUGGAGUAAACAUUUCUGUUGUUCAUGGUAAUCUACCUCCAGGAGCUGUCCAACAAAUGAGAGCAGAAAGAGGGAAGAUUCUAGAAGGAACUUCAUUACCAUUCUUUGCCACAGGAAUCAGUGCUGUGAUACAUCCGAAAAAUCCCAAUGUUCCAACAAUCCAUUUUAACUACCGUUACUUUGAGGUGACUGAUCAGACGGGUAAAACUCAAUGGUGGUUUGGAGGUGGCACUGAUCUAACACCUUCUUACCUUGAUAAACAGGAUGUUGUACAUUUCCACAAGACUCUGAAGACAGCCUGUGACAAGCACAGUAAAGACUACUAUCCAAAGUUUAAAAAAUGGUGUGAUGAUUACUUCACUAUCAAACAUCGUGGUGAGAAGAGAGGUGUUGGGGGCAUUUUUUUUGAUGACUUGGAUAAUGGAGCACAAGCAGAUAUUUUUAAGUUUGUAACGAGCUGUGCUGAAGCUGUUCUUCCAUCAUACUUACCCAUUGUUCAGAAACACAAAAGCGACGGUUAUUCUUAUGCAGACAGGCAGUGGCAGCUAUUGAGGAGGGGGCGCUAUGUGGAGUUCAACCUUAUCUAUGACAGAGGAACCAAGUUUGGGCUGAUGACACCUGGUGCCAGAUUUGAAAGCAUACUAAUGUCCCUGCCUCUUCAUGCAAAAUGGGAGUAUUGUCACUCCCCCAGUGCAGGGUCCAAGGAGGAGGAGCUCCUGAAUGUACUGAAGAAUCCACAAGACUGGGUCUGACCCUCAAACUAGGUCAUCUGGUAUCAGGAUAGAAUGACAUGCUAUCAUGUGUGUCCUUGAAGCAAGAAUUAGUUGCCAUGGAUACUGAUCACCAGGAUAUGAUCAGAGUCAAUAGAUUUGUCCUCAUCACAACAUGGACCAGUAGUGAUAGUAUAUGGAGCUGAUUGGAUGUAACUGGGUUUACAAUGGAUUUGUCAUCAUAUGAACAGAUAAUUGGGCUUGACAACCAAUAAAUUAAAAGCCAUGGAACCCAACAAAUGAAAAGUUGAUGAUUGUUCAUUAUGACAAGCAUGUUAUCGUCAUGUGUCAAAAGUGAUUUGAAUGAACAGUGGAUGAUGAUCAGACUUUUUAUUUUAAUCAGAAUAUUUUUAAAUGAAAAUGAUUUUUUACAGAAUGACUAUGUGGGAACAAUGUGUUUUAUAUAUACAACUUUUCACUCUCUACCUUGGUAGCUGUUACCAUGGAAACAGUACGGAAACUUUACCGAAAAUUGAUGACACUUGACUUGUGCUGCAGAAAGAGAUAUAUACAUUAUUUUAGAAUUGAUGCUACAUCAAGAUGUCUGGAAGAUCCAUGCACAGACUUGAAAUGUACAGAAAGACAAUUGAUAUUGGAGAAAUGUUAGUAUAUUUUUAUAUCAAAUUGUGUUCUGCUAAUCCAUCCAUCCCAGAUGCUCACCAAGUAUAUGUCUCUCUGUCACCUGCAGUGACUGAAGUCCUCCGAUACAUUACUUCUCUGUGACUACAGUUUCUGAGAGUUUCUUUCUUACUGACUACAGUUGCCAGGUGGAUUUCUUCUCAUUGACUACAGUUGUCAGAUGGAUUCCUUCUCAUUGACUACAGUUGUCAGGGAGAUUCCUUCUCUGUGACUACAGUUGCCAGGUGGAUUUCUUCUCAUUGACUACAGUUGUCAGAUGGAUUCCUUCUCAUUGACUACAGUUGUCAGGGACAUUCCUUCUCUGUGACUACAGUUGUCAGGGAGAUUCCUUCUCUGUGACUACAGUUGUCAGGGAGAUUCCUUCUGUGUGACUACAGUUGUCAGGGAGAUUCCUUCUCUGUGACUACAGUUGUCAGAUGGAUUCCUUCUCUGUGACUACAGUUGUCAGAUGGAUUCCUUCUCAUUGACUACAGUUGUCAGGGAGAUUCCUUCUCAUUGAUUACAGUUGUCAGGGAGAUUCCUUCUCUGUGACUACAGUUGUCAGGGAGAUUCCUUCUCUGUGACUACAGUUGUCAGGGAGAUUCCUUCUCUGUGACUACAGUUGUCAGGGAGAUUCCUUCUCUGUGACUACAGUUGUCAGAUGGAUUCCUUCUCAUUGACUACAGUUGUCAGGUGGAUUCCUUCUCUGUGACUACAGUUGUCAGAUGGAUUCCUUCUCUGUGACUACAGUUGUCAGGGAGAUUCCUUCUCAUUGACUACAGUUGUCAGAUGGACUCCUUCUCUGUAACUACAGUUGUCAGAUGGAUUCCUUCUCAUUGACUACAUGCACAGUUGUCAGGGAGAUUCCUUCUCAUUGACUACAGUUGUCAGAUGGAUUCCUUCUCUGUGACUACAGUUGUCAGAUGGAUUCCUUCUCUGUGACUACAGUUGUCAGGGAGAUUCCUUCUCUGUGACUACAGUUGUCAGGGAGAUUCCUUCUCAUUGACUACAGUUGUCAGAUGGAUUCCUUCUCAUUGACUACAGUUGUCAGGGAGAUUCCUUCUCUGUGACUACAGUUGUCAGGGAGAUUCCUUCUCUGUGACUACAGUUGUCAGGGAGAUUCCUUCUCAUUGACUACAGUUGUCAGAUGGAUUCCUUCUCAUUGACUACAGUUGUCAGGGAGAUUCCUUCUCUGUGACUACAGUUGUCAGGGAGAUUCCUUCUCUGUGACUACAGUUGUCAGGGAGAUUCCUUCUCUGUGACUACAGUUGUCAGGUGGAUUCCUUCUCAUUGACUACAGUUGUCAGAUGGAUUCCUUCUCAUUGACUACAGUUGUCAGGGAGAUUCCUUCUCAUUGAUUACAGUUGUCAGGGAGAUUCCUUCUCAUUGACUACAGUUGUCAGGGAGAUUCCUUCUCUGUGACUACAGUUGUCAGGUGGAUUCCUUCUCUGUGACUACAGUUGUCAGAUGGAUUCCUUCUUAUUGACUACAGUUGUCAGGGAGAUUCUUUCUCAGUGACUGAAUUUAUUUGGCAGAUUCUUUUCAGUGAGUGUGACUGCAUGUCUUGGUGACGUUCUGGGAAUUAGAAUAGACAUGUUGCAUAUUUCUUCUGUUCUGCUAACCAUGCAUGACAUUUUAAUUAUUCAUAGUUUAAUUUUUACGUGUUGUUUUCACUAUUUCAGAGUUUAUUUUUCACAUAAUAUUACAUGUUACCUGUCAUGAAUCUAAUGUAAUGGUGCUGAUCCUGUCUUUUCUGUUUCAACUGGCCAAAUUAUUUUGGGGCAAAAAGAUGUUUUAUGGUAUGUAAGAUUAUUAACCAGUACAUACUGGGACGAAAGCCAUCAAGCAUGUGUAAAAACGAAUUGCAUUGAGCUUUAUUUUCAAAUUCGUAGAGGUCAAAGGUUCAGAAAAAAUUCAGUUUAUUUGUUUAGAUUUUAUGGCCCAUCGACAGCUAGCGUCAUUUAGGGCCAAAUGAUAUACUAUCAUUUUAUUUGAUAUAAGAAAAAAUUCUAAAAACUAACUAUAAAUGACUAAUUGGAAAUAGUGAUAAUAUUUGGCUUUUAGUGCUCCACAGUAAUGGACUAUCAAGUUUGUUCAAUUAGGUGACCUUGACCCGCUUUUUAGAUUAAUACAGGGGCCUUAAGACCUUGAAUUGAUAUUGGGCCUAUAGUGCAUUGUACUAUCAAGUGUAUUCAAAA